GCCGGCAAAAUAAGUUUGUUUUUAUAAUUUUUACUCAGUUUUAUUAAUUUCAAUCAAUUUUUCCGAUGGCUGUAUCUUGCAUGGACUUUCUAGGCUUCCAGGAGGCGCUGAAGAAGAUGCGUGAUGUAGACGACAAAAUCAUAUACGCUCUUAAUGCUUUACCGACAGAAUCGUUCAAGGGUCAAGUAAAUAGUGAAAGCACAUGUCGGGAUCUAUAUGCCAAGCUACAACAAUCGCAUCUCACUAGGCAAUCUAGCAUACGUAAUUGCAUAACAUUAUCUGCAACUACUCUCAAAAAGCUACGCGAGGUGCGUGAAGCACAGCCCAACGAUGUGGAGACUGAUAGUAAAUUUAAAGCUGAGCAGCGCAAGCUGAGGGUUUUGCAAGCCGAACUAAAUGUAGAGGACAUAAUAAAGGAGCGUACCUAUAAGGCAUUUAAUGAACGCUGCCGAAACUAUUUUCAUGCCGGUCAGUGAAUAUCCAAUGUGCAACGGAACAAAGUGCAGUAAAUUGAUUAGGCUUAAGUGAAAUUAUUAGAUGUAAUGUUACACAGGUACUCUCCAGUAAAUUGUUACUAGUCAGUGCCAUUUUCAAGCAUCUGGCUUCUUUUAUUUUG